AUGAGCGACGGGAAUCCGAACGGAGAUAGGGAAGCGCUUCCGCUGCGGCGGCGCGGCAGCGGAAACCGCCGUAAUCUUGCGAUCAGACAGAUGGCACCUGGUUUCAUCUACUCCCAAGGUGCAAACCGGGAGGGGAGCAGCUCGCCUCGACGGUCGCGCAUGGUGAUUUCGUCAGACGAGGAGUCGGCACCCUCGAAUCUCGCACAACAGUCCGCCACAUUCUCUUACACCAAGGCGCGAGCUGGUUCGAGCGAUUUUCCUGAUGACCGUGCCUCCGAUGCGCCGAGUAACAAGGUUGCUGAAAUCGCGCAUCCAAUCCACCCCCAGGAGCUUCGCCAGCCGCGACGGGAGAAUCAGGGACCCCGUCCAGGAACUGCGCGCAGUCGGCCCGUUAGCCAACACGCAGCGGACAACCGGACAGGGAAAACAAGCACUAGUGAUAGCGAGUCGCGGCCGUGGGAUUCCAUAAACUCGACAGAAGGCCUAGGAAGCAACGACGAACGCUCAUCUUGGACGCAAUCCCAGCUACCACCCUCGAGCCCCAGUUCGCACGACAAACAACGUCCAGUCAUCACAACCGCGAACCUAGAUGAGAUACGCGCCCUAUCGGAGGCAUACGGCGAGUCGGCAGAGGGCUUGAGCUAUGGUCUGGAAGCCGCCCAGCGUCUGAGCAAGGAUGAGUCGCAUGAAGGAGGAGACUAUGUGGCUGAUGGAGAAGAUAAUAAGUAUAAAUACAUUCACAACAUCUAUGGCGGAGUACUCAUAGCGGAAUCUGCUUGCAUACAACAAUCCAAGGCAUGGUCUCAAUCGGAGAACGAAAUGGGACCUCAGCAGCUUCACAAAAUAACCUUCGUACAUCGACUCCUACUCCUUGAGGUUAUCGACUUUCUCAAAGCUUCGCAAGCUCCGGAAGAACCCCCCCACAUUAAGCGUCUUGCUGUGGAAUAUCGUAUCCCAGUUCGGCUUUGGCGCUAUGGGAUCGGUUCAUUGUUUGAAGUGUUACGCCAUCGGCUUCCCGGCUCCUUAGAACACAUGCUCAUGUUCAUCCAUUUGGCCUACUCAACGAUGACUCUUUUGCUACAGAUCGCCCCCGCGUUUGAAGACAAUUGGAUCGAGUGUCUCGGCGACAUAUCAAGGUACCGCCUAUCCCUCGAAGAAUCCAACUCUCCCGAACGUGCAGUCUGGGUCGGGAUCGCCAGGUACUGGUAUAACAAAGCCGCCGAUAAGAACCCCGGCGUCGGUAGAAUCCAGCAUCAUCUUGCGGUACUGGCUUGGCCGGAUAUUGUGCAGCAACUAUUCUACUAUACAAAGUCGCUUGUCUGUGUGCGCACAUUCGCCGGCUCUAAGGAAAGUAUCUUUUUGUUGUUUAAUCCACUUUGGAAACCCCCGAGACCUGUUCGUCGACUUACAGACCUGCUGGUGACCACAUUCGUGGCCGCACAUCGCCAUCUCUACACCAAGGAACUGAGUGAGCCUUUCACGGACACUUGCGAUGAUUUCCUAUCAUAUUUGGAUCAUUCUAUAGGUGAAAUGGGUUCCAAUUUCAAACUACAGGGAGUUUACAUUGCGUCUUGCAAUUUCGCCGCUGUGCUUGAAUAUGCCGCUCCCGAGGCGCUUUUGUUAGGUGAAUUUUCCACCAACGGUGCGCACUCAAUAUCCCUGGACAAUAUCUAUCUUGCCUCCCGGAAAUUCUGGACGCCUGUUAGCGAUCUUAAGAAAGUCGAAGAUGACUUCCUUGCACUCCGCGAUUCCAAAAUCAUUUCGCCGGGUGUUUUUUAUGCUUCCUGUCUAACAUUCCAGACAUUGUCGAUUAUGCUGGAUCAGGUUGGCAAUAAGAACAUUUACCCUUCCUUCCACACCACCCUCGCCUUUAUCUGGUGUUUAGCCCGGACUCCCGGUAGCAUGAAACGCAUUGAAGCUUUAGUGCCAUGGAAAGAGAUGGCCGCAUUUCUCAACACCCUAACACGCAACUUUACCGAUUUUACUCUUAUUGAAGGAGCAGAAUUUCCAAGUAAAAACGAAGACAGAUGGCUUCCCGAGGACUUCCUAAUCCGCGGCCAAAUCUGGAGCCAGAAUCUAUAUCCGGAUGGCUUUUUUGUCGAUGCCCCAACUUCCGAGGAUGGUCGAAAUAUCGAACCACCGUCUCGGGAUCUUUUGCGGAUGCACAGGUGCUUAUGGUUUGGAGUCAGGCUUGCUAUGUUCAACCGCUGGAUGACAUACGAUACAAGUUCCCGGAAGUUUACCGCAACAGAAUUUACCUCGAAACUGGAUGAAAUAGCUCAAAAGCAUAGUCCAUUCUACGGAAAGGGUCUACAAAAGCGACCCGACACAGGCACGAACACUCAUGACACUUGA